GGCCUGGACGAAGGCGGGGAAGCUCUUCUGCAGUUUAGGUUCCGUGUACAGUUCUACGUGGAGACCCACCUCCUCCUCAGGGACCGGGUGUCGCGGCUGCACUACUACCUGCAGCUGCGGGAUAACGUGGUGGCGUACACUCAACCCAUCAGCGAGGAGGCGACGUUCCUGCUGGCGGCCUACGCGCUGCAGGCUGACCUCGGGGACUUCUGCGAGGACCAGCACCAGGGACACUAUUUCGACCCCAACCUCUACUUCCCGCCAUGGGUGGUGGAGCGCGUGGGGCUGACGUACAUCAUGGAGCACGCGCCGCACAUGCACCGCGACAACCUGGGGCUGACGCAGGCGGAGGCCCACGCCCAGUACAUCCGGGAGGCGUCGCAGCAGGAGGCGCCGCACAACCUCCACAUUUACCAGCUGCGCUACAAGAAGCAGGACCCUUCGCCGCAGGUCGCCCUCGCCAUCUGCGCCAAAGGGGUCGAGAUAUACGAGGAGGAGAUGGGGCCCAUCACCCCGUCCCGCAAGCUGAUCUCAUCCUUCCAGUGGUCCAACAUCGGGAAAUUAUCCUUCGAGGUAAGUCCUGUUCUUGUCCUUUUGUUGCCACGACGUCGGUUUUUUUAUCGGGUCGUGUGGCUCCGCGAUUUUCGGGAUUCAUUAAGGGUGCAGUUCUGCUAUUUUAAGGGAUGGUUUUCGACGCCGGGUCAAGGUAUUAAGGGUGUACUCUCUUCUUUCCUUUUUUAGGGAUGCUUUUAGACGUAAGGAAGAAGUGCGAAUGGAAGGAGUCGAUCAAAGCUCGUAGAUAAUGACGAGUGCGUCGAUAUAGCGAAGAAAAGGAAAUUAUCUGUUUUGCAUCCGUGCAUUUCCAAAAGCACCAGUCGGGCUUCACAAUCGUCGAUUAAAUGUGAAAAUCACAAAUUUUUCCCUCGACAGUUUGCGUACUUUUUUAUACCAAAACAGAGUCAACAAAGAAGCUUUUAAAGAGAUAGAAAAAAAGAAGAGAAAAAAAAGAAAUCGAAGGUCCCACUGUUUAGCCAAACUGGAUCAAUGUUGCACGACUGUUUGCAAUGAGGGCGUGUCGGCUCUCUUGCUAGGCGAUUUCGCGGGUCAUUCCUCCAGUAGAAGCCGGUUGCGAAAGCCGUGUCUCUCCGCCGUGUGCUGCCUCGGCGGGACCAAAGGAGGGAAGGCAUGAAAAUGCUGCUUAGAGGAGCGAACGGGAGA